AUGCCUCCUCGACCUCUACGGAUCAUCAUCGCGACGGUGUUCCUGAUAUUCAUCACCCUCAUCUUGUUCAAGAGCGACUGGGUAUCGAUAAAUGACUUGCCUCCGCCGACGCCGGAACGACAACAUGACCCGGCCCCAUCUAAGCCCGAGACGACAGAAACCGAAACCUCCGGAUGCCACUUCCAUGAGGCGUCGCUCUUCUGCUUCGGUCCGGACGGUGAUGAAGUCCAACUGGUGCUCGCAUCUGAUGCCCCCGCGACGGGAUCGGAAGAGCAUCCCGACGAACGGCAUUGCCACUUCCAUGCUGGUGUCGAACACUGCGUUGGACCGGAGCCGAGCACACCGGGGGAAUCGGACGAGGACCGAUGUGGUCGGGUUCAGCGAGACUACAACGUUCCUUUGCGGCUCGUACUCCUCGUCAUAAUAUUGGUCACCAGCGCAAUCGGCGUCUUCGGGCCUAUAUUUCUAUCCGUGUACUUGCCUCCCAAGUUCAACAUCGUCCUGGCCCUACUUAAGCAGUUCGGCACCGGCGUUGUUAUCUCGACCGCCUUCGUUCAUCUGUACACCCAUGCCAGCCUCAUGUUUUCUAAUCCAUGCAUAGGAGACGUCGGCUACGAGGGCGUAGCAUCCGCCAUCCUCAUGGCCGGCCUCUUCGUCUCCUUCUUCAUCGAAUACGCCGCUCACCGGAUUGCCGACCUCUACAUGCCAGCUAAGGACGCGACGGAGGGGAACGCCGCUUUGAGCCGCCAGAUGAUCAACAUUUCAGUCAUGGAGGCAGGAAUUCUUUUCCAUUCACUGCUAAUCGGCUUAACCCUCGUCGUCACAGGAGACGCCUUCUUCAUCACCCUCUCCAUCGUAAUCAUCUUCCACCAAGCCUUCGAAGGCAUCGCCCUGGGCAGCUGCAUCGCCACCCUCGGCCACGCCUCCAACCUCCAACUCUCCGUCCACUCCCACCACCACCACUUCCCUCCCGCCGAGGAAUCCGGCCUAGAAGACGACGAUUCCCUCGCGACCGCCUCGCCGGUACCGCUGCGCAAGAAGUUACUCCUCGCUAGCGCCUUCGCACUGGUCACGCCCGCGGGCAUGGCUAUAGGGAUCUGUGUCCUGAAUAGCUUUAACGGGAAUGACCCCGCUACGAUCUGGGCCAUCGGUUCGCUGGAUGCCUUUUCGGCGGGGAUUCUCGUGUGGGUGGGCAUUGUGGAGAUGUGGGCUGGGGAUUGGAUGCUUGGGGGCAGUAUGGCGCACUCGAAGCCGGUUGUCGCCCUGCUUGGGUUGGCUUCUCUUGUUUCUGGGAUGGCCUUGAUGAGCUUCUUGGGGAAGUGGGCGUAG